CCGCCGAAUACCAGUCUGCUGGACAGCCCGGCCGACUUCCAUCACUACCUGCGUCGGUGCCGGAAGGUUAUCGCAUACGAACGAGUCGAGAGACUGACGAUGGCACUCGAAGCCCCUCUCCGGUCGUCUAUCGGAAGUCAAAUAUCUGCUUAUUCCCAUCACAACGAUAUGUCUGUCUCAUCUCCCGACAACGGUUCUUUUCAAUCUCCUUUCGCCAGCAUGUCUUCGAACGCCUCAGAUCACUCCGGCCGCAAUUCUCUGCGCCCCAACUCCAUUCAGAGAGUUCCGUCGACAAAUUUGAACUUGAUGAGCCCGAGCGAUAUUGUUGGACCUUCACCAGUCACUUCAACAGGUACUGAAACAACAGAAAUCGAGGACGAAGAGGCGGAGGAGGUUCAGGCCCGGCCUAAUGUUACCAAUCCGGCACCACAUCCUCAGCUCAUGAUGCUCUCGACCAACAUUCCCGAUCAUUUGCGGCAGAGUAGCAGUGAAGAAGCCGUAUCAGUCAUACAUGCGCCGGAAAGCUUCCAUAGCUGGGCCUCUACGGAGCCGACAGUAAAGCCGGAUCAAAGCAGCACGAGAUCAUCACCAAAGACCGAUACAAUGAGUCUUCCAUCCGUCACUGAUCAUGCAAUUAAGUCGAGAUCCCCUGGGCUGCCUACACCACCUCCUCUCUCCACAGAUAUCCGGCCCGUUCGGUACAGUCUAGACAGCGCCACACCACGCGCGCAAGACCUCCACGACAUGCUUAAUGAGUCGUCCCGGCUAAGGUCUAGCAGCACAAGCAGCCUUGAAAAAAUCGACGAGGCUAGAGAAGUAGAGACCGAUACCGAAAAUUACGACGAAGAGCCCUUCGCUACCCCUGCCUUGCCUCAGGAGGAUUCGGAAAUCAGGGCUCUACGAACCGCUCUCCAAGAGUGCUGGACAUUGUGUAACACGUUAGCGAACUUGAGCUCGAUUCAUCGAACACGGAUGUUCAAUAGCUCAGGUACUCCCGAUGCUCACGAAAAAGCUUGGAUGGCGUGUUGGAGGCUUUGCCAGCGCCUGUAUGACAACCGCGACGAAGACCACUAUGAUCACCACGUCCGAGAGAAUCUCGAUCAUUGCCGAGAUUUUUGCCAGUCCCUUUUCGACGUCCGGCAGAGGAAGGAUGAAGUUGCUGAUUCUGUUUUGCGAGUCAGUUUCGAACUGAAUAACCACGCUCAGGACAUCCAGAACCUCCCAGAACCCUUCCGGGAGCGUACUUUAGAUUUCUAUAUUACUCUUUGCCAUCGAUUGAUGAAACAGCGAAGCGAAUUGGCCGAUGAGACGGACUCUUUGCUGAAGGCGUGUUGGUCACUUGCCGAGAUGCUUUUCAGUCUGAGACAGAAUAAGCGUGACGGAAGAGCUCCUGACGAGGAGCUCUUGUGUUCCGCGGUACAGGCAUGCUGGGAGCUUUGCGACCUCUUCAGAGACGGGUGGACUCAAGUGCGGCCAGACCGAAACACCCCACGACCGAGCCAGACGAGCUUCUUCGGCCAUCAGCAGCAGUAUGAUCAACCUGCUCGAGGUGAGAGCAGAGCGUCGAACCGAUCAUCAUACUCAAAGAGGGAAAGUCACAAAAGCCUGACCGAGGAACGGCCACGGAAGCCGCCACCAGUUCCUGAAACUCCCGUGACCGAAUUUGAAGACACGCCGAUCUCUCCAGAGAGCUCCUCACCCCGAGUGCCAAAUAUUCUUGUUCUAGGCACAACAUCUGAUAGCGGACGCGGGGGACGGUGGUCAAGCAGCGCUUCGCAAUUGUCGAGCUACUCGCAAAGCAGCAACAAGACAUCAAGCACGGCAACAACGACUACGGCAGGCGAGGACAGCAACAGCAACCGCAUCAAAGCCCUCGUCAUUAAGGCUGCCAUGAACGUUGGCUUUACUCGAGACCCGGCUCUUGACAGUAAAGCCGAGAAGUCAGCUCUCCAAGCCUUUGUCAAGCAUAUGCCCACGGGCUCCUUCGGGUCCUUGCCUGCGCACUCGACACUUUUACAGCACUACAAGAACCUUGUGCAUGCCGAUUCGGCGUUCAGGGGAUCCUCGCUGCUUCCGGCCCAUGGCAAACGUAUCUCGGCGCAUGACCUGGCCAAAAGCGUUCACUACAUGAGCCAAAGAUCUAGCCAGUAUAUAUUCUUGCGCGACCUGUACAGGCUCGUGUUUGGCUUCCCACCAGAGGAGGGCGAGUCGAGGAAAUCAACAACCAUCGUGGUCUGA